GCAGGGUAGCCACGGACAAUGUGUCGUCACCAGCAAAUCAGUGUCUAUCACAAAUCGUCAACGGGCCCAGAAUCAAAGCUUGGACCAGGCCCCGAGUGUACGCCAGACCUGCCCUCUGUAGGUGGAAUGCUCAACUAACCUGCCCAGUGCAAGACCACUGCACACGUAGACCAAUCCAAAAACAAAACAGAUAUAUUAAAAAGCAAGAUCCACCACCUCCCCUCUUAUUCGAAACCAUGGCAAGAUUGGAGAUUCCCAGUAUAGUUGUUCACAACGGAUCCAACAGUGCUCCAGGCAGUCCCACCAUGGAGCGAAGUCUCCGCGCUCAACGAACACUCUCCAAACAGGCAGAGUUUGAAGAGUUGGAGGAAGAUGAUUCAGUCCCACAUAUGUCAAGCCCCUCCAGCAGCCCUGGUGCUGCCAUAUCAACGUCUUGCCACUGCCAGGGCGAUAACAGCACCCCCAGUCCAGUGUCUUGCAAUCAAACGUCCAACAAGCACAAGACAGUGGAGGUCAGGGAUGACACACAGCAACAGCAGCAACAGAGAGCAGGCCUCUCUAGAACAAACAGCCUGGAUGUUGAGGAGAAGUCCCCACCACCACCCCCAAGAGUCAGGUCACACGCCAAGGUGAAGCUGCUGGUGCGAAGUCAUGCCAUGAGAGAAGAAACGUCACCUCCUCCAGAUCCUGACGCACACCAUAUACCUGUGAGUGGGCCAGCGCCUGUUCAACAACAGCAGCAGCCACAGGCAGGCUGCAUCAACAGUCUGUCCGUCAGCCGCCCUAAUUCGAGGCACAAGCUACGCCACCAAGGAUCUUCACAGGGAAGCAUGGACAGUUCCUCACCGUGCUUGUCCAGAGACAGCAGCACAGAGCAGUACACGGAUGGUACAGGAGUUGAUCUUCAGCAGUUCAUUGCAGACACACUGAAUCGCAACCAGAAGGACAGGAUACUGCUGCUGAAGAUUGAGCAGGAACUGGUCAGCCUUGCCAAAGACAACAAACGCAACCACUACAAGUUCCCGCAGAUGUCCUCAUACCAGCGUAUGCUGGUGCAUCGUGUGGCUGCAUAUUUUGGCAUGGACCACAAUGUUGACCAGACGGGAAAUUCUGUCAUUGUUAACCGCACCAAGAGCACAAGGCUUCCUGACACCAAAUUUCGUGACUAUAUUCGAGAAGAGCUGCUCUUCCCUGAAGAGCCUCGGAGAUCCAUCCUGAAGCGAGAUUCUUCUUCAUUUGAAGACAGUUGUAAUUUCAAGUCUCCCGAGAGGCAGUUUAGCUCCGAGUCGCGACGGAGCAAAAGUUUCGAGGAACGCGAGGAGGAAUAUGAAAAAGCAAGGAAAAGGAUAUUUAAUCGCGAAGACAGAUGCAAUGACUCCCUGCAUGACUCUUCUCGACGCAGUAGCCAAGAGGAACUGAGGUGGCCAGGAGAAGUACAGCCAUGGAGUAGUUCUGACAGUGAUACAUCAUCACGUCUACGCUCAAACAUGCUACUGCAUGCCUGUGAUAACAACCAACUCAGGCCUAUGCGUCUCCCAAAGGGUGAAUCAUUUGAGUGUCGUGAUACUUUAAAAGCCAACUCACUGAGAAACUCAGUGUCGAAGUCAUAUAGUUUUGGAGGCUACCCAAUGGCUAUGCUUUCUCGGGGAGACAGUUGCACAAGCACGCACAGUGCAGGGGCCCGUCUGCUCACAAAGCAAGAUUCUGGUAGCAGCAUGUCUUCCCGCCUCAGUCCUUCCAGUUCUGGCUAUAAGUCACAGUCCCAACGCUCGGACACGACUACGUCAGCCACACCUUCCCCAACCGCUACCCCUGUAUCUCAGUUGAGCAUCUCCAGCUCUACCCAACCUCAGAUGUCUAGUCAUGGGGCAUUGUCCCCACAAAACACACUUGAGUCAAAUAGUCAUGAACAGAACCAGACUGUGAUGUGGGCUGUGACCAGCAUGGCUUCCGUUCCUCCCGGCAGUGUACUCAUAAAUCCACAGACGGGGCAGCCAUAUAUUAAUUCUGAUGGCUCAGUGUACCGUUAUGACCCAGCGAAUCCUCCCAAGGUUGUGACAGAUGAAGAGGGUGAGAGUGGCAAUGGCAGUGAUGUUACUGGCAGUCACCUCAAGAGCGCAGGCAGCUCUGAGCAGAUGCAGCCACCAGUACAGCAGCAAACUUGCCAAAACCAGAAGUCUCAUCUUCCCACCGCUUCAUCAGCCAUGUCUCCAUCAAAAACCUCAUGUUCAACACAUGUAACAACAACUGCUACCUCUCCUUCCUUACCUUUAUCACCUACCCAUGUCCCAUUAUCAAGUUCACAACCUCAUUCAAACUCUACAUUAGUCAAUACAUCAGCUGCUUCUCAGAUCUCUGUCCCACCCCAGCAGCCUGUUCUCACAGUCUGUCACUCCAGUCAAUGCUCCUACAUGCCAAACCCUGCUGCCCCUUCAACAGAACCAGUACAACCUCAGCAACACCUUGCAACUUUACCUGUGGCCUCCAUACCAAUAUGCCCACAACUAGCAAAUACUAACAGCAGUAUAAUGAACACUCAGACACACUCAUAUCCUCAGCAGCAGUUUGUGCCACCAUUGCAACAUCAGCAGCAGCAAGAAGUGGUAUUUGGUAACCUUGUGCCAGCCCCAGCACAGAGUCAGCAACCAGCACAACCUCAGAUGGUGUUUGCAAGCUACAACAUGGUACCAGUGCCACCUGUUGCCAAUGGCACCACUGCCACAGCAGGAUAUGAGCAAAGACAUUCUGAUGGCUGCAGUGUGACAAUGUCAGACUUGAGCAGUUAUUUCAUGGGACUGGGCCUUGUGUCAGACCAGCAUGGUAGUGGCGAGAGCUCUAGUAGUCAGCAGCAAACACAACCCGCAACAGCAGGAGGUGUGAUGCCUGCCCCACCUCCACCACAUCAAGGCCACCACCCUCACAAUUAUCAGUCACAACCUCCUGCCCCACCUGUAGCUUCUGCAGCUGCUGCAUACUGGCAGCCCCAGCAACAGUCUAGUCCUAUUCAGCAUUCACAACUGCAGCCACCGCAGCAACCAACUCAACAGCCGUUACCAAUGUAUUAUGUACCACCAGCUCUCCCUGCCCCUCCACCUCCAUCUGGUCCAAUGCUAAACACUUCCCCUCCACAACAGGCCACUUCCAGUAAUUGCAACCCAGCCACUCCUAGAUAUAUGACAACAUACCCACCUUACCAGCAGGUCCCCAGUGCCACUCAACUGUGCCACCCCAGUGGCCCAAGUUUACCUCCCUCUGUUCAGCAGGAGACACAUCAGGACAGGCCUCAACAGAACGUGGGACACAGUGGAGGCUACAUACCAAAUUACCCUAUGGUGAGUUAUGGAGCAGCAGUGUUGGCAGCCACAGGGAAUGGUGACUGCUUGCCUCUGUACACCCAACCUUCUAUGCAUAUGCUGUACACCCCUACCAGUAUUAAUGUAAACUCCUUGAGUAACAGUUCAUCAAGUGCAACGACAUCUGCCUUGGCUGGAGGAGGUGUACUGCCAUACUACCACCCACCCUCUACCCCAGCAUCCUACAGUCAGCCAGUAAUGGGCCUUAGUAUGGGACCUCCCUACAUGCAGCCAGGCCAACCUGGGGCAGCCAUGGGAACAUACAGGGCCCCUACGCCUCCACAGACACCCACACAGAGUCAGUCCUUGUGCAGUGUGCCCACACACCCAUAUGUCUACCUGAAUGGAGGGAACUACACACCAAUGUACAAUGGAGGUGGAGCAAGUGGGAAUGCUCCAACUCCUGGCCCAUACAGUCAGCAGCCUACAGGCAAUGCUUCUACUCCUGGGUCAUCGCAGUACAUUCUCCCCACUAUCAUCUCAAAUCUAGGACUGUUCCGGUCUAACAUGCAGAUGAUGUCUACUGUGAGAUCAAGUCCUCCUCCAAGACUUCCUCGGGAUGGUCUAGGGUCCAAACCGCCAUAUAGUCGGUCUCCUUCAGUUGGGAGCAAGGAUAGGGGUAAUGGCAGUCAUUAUGAUGUGUGUGGAAAUGACAAGUCCAUUGCAAGCAUGAGAUAUUCAUCAGUACCCAUGUUUGGGCUACGCAUUAUGCCAGGUGAUAUGCGGGUGAUGGGUCAGCAACCCCUAUCGUCAUCCUCUCCUGCAUUAAGGAUGCCCUUCCCUCUCACUUCUCACCCCACCACCAUGCCAGGAUCUCACCAUCCUACACACAGAAUGCAGCAGCAACCAAUGCAUUACCCACAUGGAAGCCAGUCAUCUGGUUCAGAGGUGUCAAUAGGAUCAGUAGGUAGACCCCCAAAACCAAGGAAACAAAGACCUAAGGUGACAGCUACAAUUCCAACACAUCCUGUACGAAAUUCAUUGCCACCUCAAGCAAGCAGCAUACAGUCACUGCCACCAGCACAGGCAGCUGUUGGUACUCUUCCCACACCUGUUGAAGGAACAGGUCAGGAAGCAGGUAGAGUUCUAAUGAUGAAUGAAGUAAGUCCAUCCAAACAACACUGACAUUUGUUGGGGUUUCAUCCGAUCUAAAGACAAGUCUCUCUCGUUCUCUUACUGCCUAAGGUCCAAGCUGCCUUCAAGAAAGCCACAAACCUGACAUCUAACAGAAAAUUAUGAAUCUGAAGCAAUGUUAUGUUGGCAGCCAUGGUAAGAUCCUUUAUUUUCCAACCUUGUCCUGUGUACAACAUACAUACCACCUUACAAUGUUGUCACUGUCAUCAGCUUCUGUGCUUUGAUUCCAAAGGGAUGUCUGUGCCAGGCCACCUUAUUCAUAGAGCAAAAAAGGAAAAAUAAUAGUUUUGGAUCAUAACAAAGAUUAUUCUUUGAAAAUCUUACAUGUAGCUACUUUUAAAAUUUUUUGAGUAAAACUGAUAAUAAAAAUGCUUCAUGAUAUUUGCAGAAGAGAAUUUAAAAUCAUAUUUAGACUUCUUUUUUUUCAUUUUGGAGUGAAGAGUGGGGGUUAUUUUAUUAUGAAAACAUAUUGUACAAAAUUUUCAAGAAAUAAGUCAUAAUAUUCACAUGAAGCUGAUUUUAACUAAUGAAUCUAAAAGGGAUAACAUUUGAAGAGCUUUUCUGAUUUGGCAGCAUUUGCCUCAUUUUCUUCGUGUAUCUGUUGAUAAGAUAAGAAUGGCCUUGAGCAUCAGCAGUAUUUCAGUGAUUAGGCAUGUGAUAUUUUGUCUGUCAUUUUCUCGAAGUUCCUUUACAUUUCAGAUGCCCUUCUGUCUUCUAAAAGUAACUUGUUAUGAAGAUAAACAUAAAGUUUAAAAUAGACAUCAGUGUUGCCAACAUAGUGGGAAGCAUAAGAUUAAAUAUUAUAUGAUGACAGGAAAAGAAGGAAUGAAUAAAAGCACUUGAGUCAGCAUUUUGUUAUAUGUCAAAAGGUUGAAGUAGUGUAAAAAAAAAAAAAGACACAAGUUAAUACUACAACCCUUGUCCAAAACUACACAUCGCUUUUUUCACAAGUUGAUUGAUCAAUAAUACUUUUAUUAUAUUGUUAAAUAAUGAAUAUAUGAAAAUUAGCAAAAAAUUUAAAAGGAUAUAUAUAUAUAUAUAUAUACUAUAUAUUAUAUUUUAUGUUUUCAACAGAAGCUGGAAUGAUUCUUGUCAUAUUGAAAAGAAAUGCUGUAAUGUUGUUGUUUCGUGAAGUUCUGUGAUUCUUUCCGUUCAUGAAUGAUCUGUUAUAUAACGAAUUACAAAGUAAAAGAGAUUUGAAAAGCAGGUGCAACAUAGUUUAAAAAUCAAUAAAUAAUUUACUAAAUGAUUUUAAAUUGCAGCUCAAUUGAAGGAAGGACAAAAUUUCAACAGUUGUGUCAGGAUAUGCUGAAGAUUGUAAUACUAUGUGUUGCCUAAGUAGUAAUUUCUUUUCUACUGCUGGCACAAUAACAAAUAUUGCCAUAUGUACAUAAACGAAUCUGAAGCCAUCCACCAUUGCUUCAUAGCAACUCCUCUUCCUACCACACUACAUUUCCAUUACACUUCACUACAGACUGGUGUCUGCAUUGCUCAAACCCUCAAAUAAUGUACAGGAUUAGUUGUAUAUAAGUUUGAGGUCAGAUCCAAGGAAAGUACAACUGUAGCUAGUAUGCCUGGGAAAUGUUUUCCAUUUUUAUUUCUUUUACUUUCCCUUCUAUCCUGCCUCACUUCCCCUCCCCCUUUCUCUUGGCAAGAUCCCACCAUACCCUUGGUCUGUUGUUACAUGUGUUACUGUAGUCAAAGAAAGAUGCUUUUUUUGUUGUUGUUGUUUUUCAUAUUAUAAUUAAUAAAACCUGUACUUCAGAACUUGUUAUAUCUAUUUUCAAAGUAAAUUAAAUUUGAUCCAAACUAG